UUCUCCUUCUUCUUCUUGGUCUUGCGGUUUUUCAUGUUUCAAAAAUUAAACAGCAGCAAAUUAUACAUUGCGAGACGUAGUAUCGCUUAGUUAUCAAGAACUCGACUAAUUUUUUGCAAGUAACUCGUUGUCACUUUGACGCGCCGUAUAUAUUGCGCGUGAUUGCCCUGGGCAAGUCCUGACGCCACCACGUGCGCGGUUUGGUGGCAAAUCUUCAAAAUGGCCGACGUAGCAGAAACGCCGGGCAAAAAGAGCAAGAAACACAAGAAGCCGAAAGAGAGCUCCCUUGGAGAUAUACAGCAAGAGACAAGUUUCUUGAUCAGACCAGAGUCGAAGACGCCAAAGCUCGACACCUCACAAUGGCCACUCCUGCUGAAGAAUUUUGACAAGUUGAACGUCCGGACUGGUCACUACACCCCGCUGCCGAGCGGCUGCUCACCGCUCAAGCGAGAGUUCAAAGAUUACGUCUCGAGUGGUUUCAUCAACCUAGACAAGCCCUCCAACCCCUCAUCCCACGAGGUGGUCUCCUGGAUCAAGAAGAUCCUGCGCGUGGACAAGACGGGCCACAGUGGGACCCUGGAUCCAAAGGUCACCGGCUGCCUGAUAGUCUGCAUCUCCAGGGCCACCAGGCUCGUCAAGUCCCAGCAGAGUGCCGGCAAGGAGUACGUGUGCAUAGUACGAUUACACAGCGCUAUCGAGAGCGAAGCAAAGUUGGCCCGGGCUUUAGAGACCCUGACUGGUGCCCUGUUCCAACGGCCGCCCCUCAUCUCCGCUGUCAAGCGACAGCUGCGGGUGCGGACGGUGUAUGAGAGCAAACUCAUCGAGUACGACGCAAAGAGACAUCUGGGUAUCUUCUGGAUGAGCUGCGAGGCGGGCACCUACGUCAGGACACUCUGCGUGCACCUGGGCCUGCUGCUAGGGGUAGGAGCACAGAUGGCCGAGCUGAGACGGAACAGGUCCGGUAUCCAAUCAGAGAAGGAUCAGCUGGUAACGAUGCACGAUGUUCUCGACGCUCAGUGGGUCUACGACAACCACAAAGAUGAGGAGUAUAUGAGGCGAGUCGUGAAACCGCUGGAGGCGUUACUCACAUCCCACAAGAGGAUCGUACUUAAAGACAGUGCUAUUAACGCCAUUUGUUACGGAGCCAAGGUCAUGCUGCCAGGCGUGCUGCGAUUCGAAGACGGCAUCGAGGUCAACUCGGAGAUCGUUAUCGUCACCACCAAAGGGGAGGCGGUCGCCUUGGCGAUUGCCCUGAUGACGACAGCCGUCAUGGCCACCUGCGACCACGGCAUCGUGGCCAAGCUGAAGCGGGUGAUCAUGGAAAGGGACACCUACCCACGCAAGUGGGGACUUGGUGCUGUGGCCAGCAAGAAGAAGAUGCUCAUCCAAGCCGGCAAGCUGACCAAACACGGCAAGCCCACAGCCUCGACGCCAGAGGACUGGAAAAACACCUACCAAGACUACAGUGUCAAGGCGGAUCCUACCAACGGAGAGGCCUCCACCAGCCAAUCCCAACCCCCCGCCGGGGAGACCCCCACCAAGAAGCGGCGGCGGGAAGAGAGCAGCAGCAGCGACAGCACCGAGAGCAGCGCAGUUGCAUCGCCGGUAGCCGUGGAGGUUGCCACGCCGACCGGCAAGGAGGAGAAGAAGAAAAAGAAGAAAGACAAGAAGGAGAAAAAAGAGAAAAAGAAAAAGAAACCGAGGGAGGCAGAGGCAGCAGAAGCGAUGACAGAAGAAGCGUCACCGGAGAAGAAGAAAAAGAAGAAGAAGAAAGAUAAGGACAAAAAGUAGCCGAUGCCACCUCGUACCCGAAGAACCCUGUGAACCGCAUGGAAGGGAGACUUCGUAUAUUUUACUUACUUCCCCUGGGAAAGCAAUUCGUCUUCACACUGCCAGGUUUGAUGGGAGCCGCACUUUGACAAGCAAACCGGAGGAUUUUCAGCGAGGUUUCCUUAGUUUCAGCUCUGCUCCGGCUUCAGGGUAUCAAAUUUCGUCUGCCGAGUUAGAAAAUCCAGCUCGGUAUUUUUGUUUCUGCCCCAAAAGCUAUGGAAAUGUCAGAAAUGAGGUGGGGAUUUUUCACUCAGUCCAACCAGUUCACAUCUAUCCCAAGAGCGCCCUCACCGGCAAAGGAGAGACAGGCCGGUGGGAAGUUUUCCAACCAGGCUCGUACACGCGCCCAGCACACAAGCAAAGACCAUACAUUCCAAGAAAAAUUGGUCGUGCGUACUCGGCUCCUCAAGGUCCCAAACCGCGUGAGCCCGUCAAAGGAAACAAAGUCAGAAAUGGAGACGUGAUUUUGGAAAACGGAGCAGUUGAAUGCCAACAGCCAUUAGAAUUAGGAGAGACAUUACGCAAAGGCUUCGGAACUGUAUCUGCCGUAAUUUCAAAUCAGCCAUCGUUGACUCAACAAAGGGACUGUUUUGGGCCCACUCGCUAACCAGAAACGACUUUCAAACUGCUUUUUUGGAGAAUGUAUUAAACCUUCUGACAAAAACAUCUGGAAAAUUUCCUUGGCAGCAGAAUUGCAGCAAAUAAGCACCACAUAUUGAUAGACUUUUUGAGGGACAGUCAGAUAUUUUGGGAAGUUUUCUUCUGAUAAUGUCAUUUUUUUUCCUUUACUCAUUAUUACAUGUAUAGUAAAAGCAAAGGUCAUGCAACGGAAAUCGCGAUUAUGCCCCCCAAAAUCAUUCCCAUGGAUACUUAUUGCUUUUAAUUCAGGCAAAUUUGUACUAACUGUAAUUUUUUUUUCUGGAGUGUAAAAAGGGUGAUAUUUUUUCAUGAAAGAAAUUAAUUCCUGGGUACUUUUCUUUUUCAACUUUAUGCUAACAUUUGCUGGCUUUUUAUGAGUUGAAAGCACCAGGUGCUUGAAUUUAGUUACCUGCAAACAAGCCGUACCAAUUUGAACGUUUUCCUAAAUUGUUUUCUUAAGUUUUUCUGCUGAAGAUUGCUUCAAGCAUAUGAAAUGCGUGGGGUAUUUUAGUGUCCGGAAAUAAAAAUUUCCGUACGGUAAUUGUCAAUAA